UCAUCUCAAGCGGUAAUGGCUACAUAUCAGAUCCCAGCCCCACCCCCAAUGUCGUUACAGGGAGACGUAGUGGAGAACUGGCGGGACUUCGAAUCCUCAUGGGACUAUUAUACCAUUGCUACCGAUCUAAGGUCGAAAUUGACAUCCCCUCCAGGCAAGGAAAUAGUAGCCGCAACACUUUGCACGGUAAUGGGCCCUGAAAGCAAGAAGAUAAUGAACUCAUUACCCACCCUGACCAACGCCGACAAGAAAGACCCGAAGAGGAUUAUAGAAGGGCUUAGAAAUUACUUUGUACCCCAACGCAACGUGCUGUAUGAACGGUUUGUUUUCAACUCUGCAACACAGAAGCCCUCCGAGUCCGUCGACGAAUAUGUCGUCCGCCUGCGUCAUCUAGCCAAGUCUUGUGAGUUCGGUGAUUUGAAGGACUCUCUCAUCCGAGAUCGGAUAGUCAUAGGUACUACCGAUGAGGGUGGACGUGAACGCCUUUUAAGGGAACGGCCGGUGCCAAGCCUAGAUAAGGUGGUGGAAAGCCUUCGAGCUGCUGAGAUAUCAAGAACUCACCGACAAGUGAUAAGCGGGAAACCAUACUCGAGCCAGGCAGAAACCAUUCACCAUACAGAUAAGAGGCAGCCGAACAGAAGAAACAACCAAAGAAAGGGCCGGGGUAACAACGGUAACAACGGUGGGCAACAAAAAACAAACGGGAACAAAAGAAGGCAAACCCAAGACCGUAGACCACCAACCCCGGAAAGCCAUAACUCCUCCACCUCCUGUCACUGGUGUGGAAAAAAGGCAGACCAUGUCAAGAAAGAUUGUCCUGCUAAGGAUGCAAAGUGCCGUAACUGCGGCAAAACAGGCCACUACGCCGUAGUCUGUCGGUCAAACAAACAAGUGCAUGAAGUAAAUAGAGAAGAGGAAGGAAGCUACCAGGAAGAUUACUAUUUAGACGACUGCUACUUCAUGGGCGAAGUGAUCACCACCAACGAUGAAUUCUGGUCAGCGGAAGUGCUCAUAAACCACAACCCCUGUACCUUGAAACUUGAUAGUGGGUCAAAGGUGACAGUGGUUGGCGACAAGGCACCGUGGUUGGAAAACCGGCGACUGGACAAGGCGACAAGCAUGUUCAGAGGAGCCGGUGGAGUGAACUUGUCCCACUUGAUAAAAUGACAGAUAACAGACGCCUUAUUUGCAGUCGGAGGGAGGACACACCGCGGAAAUGUUUACGUCAUGAAGAACCAACCUAAGAAUCUACUUUCCAAGUCAGCAAUCCAGGCACUCCAGCUGUUAAUACCGUCAGCAGCAGUGCACAAUGUGGAGACCGCCCCUAAUUUCAAGGCAGAAUUCCCCGAGUUAUUCAAAGGGCGGGGCCUCAUGAGGGAUAAGUACAAGAUACCUCUGAAACCGGACGCAGUAUCAGUUUGUCUAUACACACCCCGACGUGUACCGCACCCACUUCUCCCUAAGGUCAAAGAGAAGCUACUGGCCAUGGUUCGUCAGAAGGUAAUCUCACCAGUAAGUGAGCCAACAGACUUGUGCUCAGGCAUGGUGAUCGCUUCCAAGCGCAAUGGUGAUGUAAGGAUCUGCGUUGACCUGACACCUCUGAACAAGGCGGUAAAACGAGAGAUCCACCCUAUGGCAAGUGUCGACGAGAACUUGGCAAAGCUUAAGGACAGCAAAGUCUUCACCAAGCUAGACGCCAACUCUGGAUUUUGGCAAAUACCCCUUGACGAGGAGUCUCGGUUGCUCGCCACCUUUGUCACACCAUUUGGCAGGUACUGCUUCAACCGCCUCCCAUUUGGAAUCAGCUCAGCCCCUGAGAUAUUUCAGCGUACCAUGUCUCGAAUCCUAGAGGGCCUCGAUGGCACAGUUUGUCACAUGGAUGACAUCCCCAUACAUGGGCCGACACAGGAGCUUCACGACAGCCGUGUCCGAAAAGUGUUACAGCGGCUCAAGGACGCUGGAGUCACAUUGAACGAGAAAUGUGAGUUCUCUAAACAGCGCAUGAAGUUUCUCGGGCAUGUAAUCUCGGAGGAUGGGGUAGAAGCAGACCCGGAGAAAACCAAAGCAAUCCAAGAUUUUCCCCGGUCAACCAGCUGGCCAAAUUUAUACCCGACCUAGCAACCAUCAAUGAGCCCCUACGCCAGCUACUUAAGAAAGAGCACCAGUGGCUUUGGGAUCAGCCUCAGGAAAUUGCCUUUCAGGCGAUCAAGACGAAACUGACCUCUACAGAUGUGCUGGCACACUACGAUCCAAACAAA